AUGUUGUCUUCCCUGUGUAGGGAGCUGUACCUGCUAGACUCGCGAGUGUUGUGGGCAGCAGAAGAGGGUUGGCUGGUAUUUGACCUCACGGUCACCACUAACCACUGGGUUAUAAACCCAGGUCAGAACUUGGGACUGCAGCUAUCUCUGGAAACUGCACACGGUGAACGAAUAAACCCAAGGAGAGCAGGUCUGGUGGGCAGCCGAGGACCUCAGAACAAACAGCCAUUUAUGGUGGCAUUUUUGAAAGCAUCAGGAAUCCAUCUCCGCAGUGUUCGCUCAGCACCAGGAAACAAACAGAGGGGUCACCAGCGCUCUAAAAACCCCAAACCCGCUGUUGCACCCAGCCAGGUGGAUCUGAAGACAGCGGAGGCUGCAGAGGGCGCCAGCGUAGACCCCAAACAAGGCUGCAAGAAGCAUGAACUGUAUGUCAGCUUCAGAGAUCUGGGAUGGCAGGACUGGAUCAUUGCUCCAGAGGGUUACGCGUCAUACUACUGUGAGGGAGAAUGUGUGUUCCCCUUAAACUCUUAUAUGAAUGCCACAAACCAUGCAAUUGUACAGACACUGGUCCAUUUCAUAAACACAGAAACAGUCCCGAAGCCCUGCUGUGCUCCAACGCAGUUACACGGAAUCUCAGUUUUGUACUUUGAUGACAGUUCCAACGUAAUAUUGAAAAAGUACCGCAACAUGGUCGUCAGAGCCUGCGGGUGCCACUAAUCUGCCCUGGACAAAAUAAGGGAUGCAAAUACUUUUGACUCUCAAGAGCCCAGAGAGGAAAGAGAAUCAUUACUGGAGCAAAACAGGACUUGUCGAAGGAGUGUAAAUCCAAAUCAUACAUUUAAUUUAAAACUCAAAACUCCUGGAGCUGUAUGAGGUUUACCAAAGCCGAGUCAAGUGUGUGGUGCUCUGGCUUUCAUUCCUGCUCAGAGACACAAGUUUGGAAUAUCAAAGAGGACAUGAGCAGAUAAAAAGAGACAAAAUGUAAGGAAAAACACAGAUUGCUUUAUUGAGAUUUCAUUACAAAAAAAUUAUUUCAUAAUGGGAGGAUUUCUGUAUGUAAUUCACAGAAGUAAUUUCUGGAAAAUUCCUGCCG